GUAGCUAACAGUCCUGAGUGAGGCACAGCUUGCGUUACAGACAACGGCUGUGUGAAUGAUAUGCGUUUGAAGGAUUUAUACGUCACUUGUAUCGGGAAAUUUUGCUACAUUUAGUUUGUGCCCAGUAAUGAGUGUGUCUACGGAGGAAGAGUAACUUAGAGCCUACAAGUAGAGAAGGCGAUAGGCAAGCCUAUCAAGAAAACAGAAGCUGGAAAUAAUGUAGGUGCAGGUUAUACUGCCUCUAAGCAACUUCCCAAGGAACAGGCCAUGACCACGCCAAAUGACAACCCACUUAAGAAAGACAGACCAGUCUCUCCUGCGCUCAGCUAUGUUUCCAUGAAAAGUGACUGGUCCAAGGACAACCCUCCCAACUUCAGUGAAGGAGAACCAAGAUAAGAUGUUUUAGUAAUGUUGGGGUUCUGAUACAGGGAGAUUUGGAGUUAUACAGGAGAGAAACUGUAGAUUGCAUCUUGAAGCUCACCAAUAAUAUACGAGAUGUUAAGGUUUGACACUGUAAAAAACAUUUUUAAAAUUUUUGUUGAAGCCCACUUGAUAGAGACAGACCAGUCUCUCCUGCACCCAGUAAUGUUUCCAUGAAAAGUGACUGGUCCAAGGACAACCCUCCCAACUUCAGUGAAGGAGAACCAGGCCCACUUGAUAGAGACAGACCAGUCUCUCCUGCACCCAGUAAUGUUUCCAUGAAAAGUGACUGGUCCAAGGACAACCCUCCCAACGUCAGUGAAGGAGAACCAGGCCCACUUGAUAGAGACAGACCAGUCUCUCCUGCACCCAGUAAUGUUUCCAUGAAAAGUGACUGGUCCAAGGACAACCCUCCCAACGUCAGUGAAGGAGAACCAGGCUCACUUGAGAAAGACAGACCAGUCUCUCCUGCACCCAAGAACGUUUCCAUGAAAAGUGACCAGUCCAAAGACGACCCUCCCAACUUCAGUCCAAGAAAACCAGGCCGGAUCCAGUCACAGAAACCAGUGCCCAGCAGAGCUACCGGGAUCCAGUCUGAGGAUGACCCACUUAACGUCACCAAAGAUUUAGAGAAAGAUGCCAAACACGAACUCACAGCACACCUGAAGAGGAGAAUCCUCGAAGGUUAUGAAGAGCAGUGUCAACAUGAGUGUCACACAGACCUCUAUAAGAUAAAAACUGUCAAAGGAAAGGAGGAUAAACAAACACUUGUAAAAAGCUACAAUGAAAUAUUUGGAUCUUCAUUGAGAAACAAACGAACAGUGAUGAUGAAGGGAGUGGCUGGUAUUGGUAAAACAUUUAAAACAAGGAAGCUCAUGGUUGACUGGGCAAAAGGAAAAUCCAACACAGACAUAGACUUGAUAGUACCAUUUGAUUUCAGUGACCUGAAUUCAAGAAGAGAUGAAGAUCAAAGUAUGGAAGAUCUGCUAAAUUUUUUCUUUAAUGAUAUCAAGCAACAAACAGUUCCCACCUAUGACAAGUAUAAAAUAGCUUUCAUACUUGAUGGCCUUGAACAAUGUCAACUUCAUCUUGACUUUGACAUCAACAAGAAGCUGAAUGAUAUAAAGGAGCGAACCUCCAUGGAUGUGCUGCUAACAAACCUCAUCAAGGGGAAUUUGCUUCCCUCUUCUCGUCUCUGGAUCAUCUCUCAACUUUCAGGAGUCGACAAGAUUCCUGCCCAAUAUAUUCAGAGAGUGACAGAAUGUCGAGAGACCGAAGAGGCCAUUAAACAGAGACUCAGAGCACACCUGAAGAAGAGAAUCCUCAAGGAUUAUAAAGAUGAAGAGAGUCAACAUGAGAGUCACACAGACCUCUACGAGAUAACAACUGUCAAAGACAAGGAGGAUAAACAAACACUUGUAAAAAGCUACAAUGAAAUAUUUGGAUCUUCACAGAAAAACAAAGUCCGAACAGUGCUGAUGAAGGGAGUGGCCAGUAUUGGUAAAACAUUUAAAACAAGGAAGUUCAUGGUUGACUGGGCAAAAGGAAAAUCCAACAAAGACAUAGACUUGAUAGUACCAUUUGAUUUCAGUGAGCUGAAUUCAAGAAGAGAUGAAGAUCAAAGUAUGGAAGAUCUGCUAAAUCAUUUCUUUAAUGAUAUCAAGAGACAAACAGUUCCCGCCUAUAACGAGUAUAACAUAACUUUCAUCCUUGAUGGCCUGGAACAAUGUCAAACUCAUCUUGACUUUGAAAACAACAAGGACCUGAGUGAUAUAAAGGAGCGACUCUCCAUGGAUGUGCUGCUAGCAAACCUCAUCAAGGGGAAUUUGCUUCCCUCUGCUCGUCUCUGGAUCAUCUCUCGACCUUCAGGAGUCGACAAGAUUCUUCCUCAAUAUAUUCAGAGAGUGACAGAAUGUCAAGAAACCUUGAAGCGCCGACAGGACCUAGCAUCAAGCCUGAGAAAAAGAUUUAAUAGAAACUUCACUCAAGACACCAAUCAUCCUAACCAGAAGAACACAGAACACAUCAUUAGAAAAGUCAGCACAGAUAAGUUCAAUGAUGAAGACAAAGAUGGGCAGACUGUGCCAAAAUCAGUCACAAAAGUCAUUGAAGUAUCUGAAAUCUUCAAAGAUGAAAAAGGAAAAACAAUCAGAACUGUGCUGACUAUCGGAGAAGCUGAUAUUGGAAAAUCCUUCCAUGUGCAAAAACAUAUCAAAGAGUGGGCUGAAAAUAAGAGUUCAUUUUUCACUUGGUUGAAAGCUUCAGCAAACACCGCCAUGGGCAGAGCCAAAGAUGAAGAACUUAUAUUUCCACUUACCUUCUCUAAGCUUAAGUUGAUAAAAGAGAGAAAAGUCAGUUUGGUGGGACUUCUUAAUCAUUUCUUCAAGGAAACCAAAGAAUAUGUCAUAUCUAACUAUGCACAUUUCAGAGUUGUAUUUGUCUUGGAUGGAUUGGACACUUCUGAACUUCCUCUUGACUUCAACAACAGCGAUGUCUUGACAGAUGUCAGAGAGCCGGCCUCAGUGGAUGUGCUACUGACAAACCUCAUCAAAGGAAACCUGCUUCCUUCUGCCCAGCUCUGGAUAACCUCCAGACCUUCAUCUGCUAAACAGCUGCCUGAAGACUCAUUUGACAAGGUGACAGAAAUACGAGAGAAGCCUGAUGUCAGAUGUCAACGGAAACUAAAAUCUCAGCUGAAGGAGCAAUUUGCCCGGGUGUCUGAGGGGAUUGAUAGGCAGAAAACAUCUGCUCUUCUGAAUGAGAUCUACACAGAUCUCUACAUCAUAGAGGGGGAGAGGGGAGAAGUCAAUGCUCAGCAUGAGUCCAGACAGGUUCAAGAGGCGAAAUACAAACCAGAAGAAACACCAAUUAAAUAUCAUGAUAUCUUCAGACCUGCAUCUGGAGAAAAUAAACCCAUUAGAACUGUGCUAACGAUUGGAGUGGCAGGCAUUGGAAAAACAUUUGCAUCAAUGAAGUACAUGCUGGACUGGGCGGAGGGUACAGCCAAUGAAAACAUAUAUUUCACAUUUCCACUUCCAUUCCGGGAGCUGAACUUGAGAAAAGAGGACGAACACAGUUUUGAGGAACUUCUUUAUCUGUUCUUUCCCGAUAUGAAGAAAUCAGAAAUAAAGGACUAUGACAAGUACCAAAUUCUGAUUGUCCUGGAUGGCCUGGAUGAAUGUCGCCUUGAUCUUAACUUCAGUGAAUGUAUGGAUUGGACAGAUGUGAGAAAGGUAACUUCAGUAAAUGUUCUGCUAGCAAACCUCAUCAAAGGAAACUUGCUUCCUAAAGCUCAAAUCUGGAUCACCUCCCGACCUGCAGCAUCCAGUAUCAUCCCUGGUGAUAAAAUUGACCGGGUUACAGAGGUCCGAGGAUUCAAUGAUGACCAGAAGGAGGAGUACUUCAGGAAGAGAUUCAGUGAUAAAGAUUUGGCAGAAAAAAUCUUGUCGCAUGUCAAGAAAUCAAGAAGCCUUUAUAUCAUGUGUCACAUCCCGGUCUUCUGUUGGAUCACUUCACAAGUUCUGGAGGACUUACUGAACCUGUCCCCAAAAAAAGAAGAAGAGAAAAUAGAAGAAAUAGAAGAGAAGGAAGAGAAGAUGCCAAAGACUCUGACUGACAUGUACAUACACUUUCUUUUGCUGCAAUGCAGACAGGCUAAUGUGAAGUAUGGAGAAGAGGGGACAAGUGAGAGUUCUGAAGCAGAUUCAUGCUGGAAUACAAGGAACAAGGAAACAGUCCUAUCUUUAGGAAAACUGGCUUUCGAGGAACUAGAGAAAGGAAACCUUCUCUUCACUGAAGAAAACGUGGCAGACUGUGGUAGUGACAUAAAAAAAUCUGCAGUUUUCUCAGGGUUGUUCACUCAGGUCAAACGAGAAGAAUGUGGGAUGAACCAGAAGAAGUUUUUCUGUUUUGUCCAUCCGAGCAUUCAAGAGUUUCUGGCAGCUUUUUAUGUCUCUCACACAUUCAGUAACAAAGGUAAAAAUCUGCUUGCAGACUCUCCUUCAUCAGACUUCUACAAGACAGCAGUGGACAAGGCUUUAAAAAGCAAAACUGGAGACUGGGAUCUGUUUCUCCGCUUCCUGCUUGGUCUCUCUCUGGAGACUAAUCUAAAUCUUCUGCAAGAGGUGCUGAAAAAGACAGAAAAUAACAAGGUGACAAACAAGUACCUCAAAGGGAAGAUCAAUGAAGAAAUCAGUGAUGCAGAUAAAACGAUCAAUCUUUUCCACUGUUUGAAUGAGCUGAAUGACCAUUCUCUUGUUGAAGAAGUCAAAAAGAAACUCAAGUCAAAAGAGUUUGAAAAAUGUUCUGCCUCCCAGUGGUCGGCUCUGACCUUUGCGCUGCUGAUGUCAGAUGAAAAUCUUGAUGUGUUUGAUCUGAAAAAGUACCUGAAAUCAGAAAAGGUUCUUCUGCGAAUGUUGCCAGUGGUCAAAGUCUCCAAAACUACUUUGCUGAGUUGGUGCAAGCUCACUGAGGAGUCCUGCAAAGGUCUAACAUCCUCAGUCCUCACGGCUGCAUCCUCUAACCUCACAAAUCUGGACCUGAGUCAUAAUGACCUGUUGGAUUCAGGUGUGGAGCUACUUGCCGAUGGCCUAAAGAGUGUACACUGUAAACUGGAGAUUCUCAAGCUGUCAGGUUGUCAGGUGACAGAGAAAGGCUGCUCUGUCCUAGCCUCUGCUAUCAAGUCCAACACAGCUUCUCACCUGAAACAUCUGGAUCUCAGUUACAAUCAUCCAGGAGACAAGGGGGAAAAGGAGCUCUCUGCUAUACGUGAUGAUUCAAAAAUGAAGCUGACGACACUGUGUUUGGACCAUUGUGGAGCGCAUCGGUUAAAGCCAGGAUUGAAGAAAUAUGUUGCAGACCUGAGGUUCAAUGAGGACACAGCAGGCAGGAGGCUUGUUCUUUGUGAAGGGAACAGAAAAAUCAAAACUGUACACAAGGUGGAGGAGAAGGCUGCACGACCUGAAAACGAAGAAAGGUUUAAGAGGUCUCAGGUGUUUUGUAAGGAGGGUCUGCAAGGUCUCUGCUACUGGGAGGUGGAGUGGAAGGGAACGGUUGGCAUUGCAAUGUCAUAUGGAGAGGUGGGUAGGAAAUGGGACAGAAGUGGUGGCCUAGGAUGCAAUAACAUGUCCUGGAGUCUGCUCUGCUCAGGCACUGGAUACACUGCCAUACAUGGAAAUACAUCCGAACCAAUUCAACUGUCUCUUUGCCAAAAAAUAGCAGUGUUUCUGGAUUGGGAUGGUGGCUCUCUGAGUUAUUACAGUGUCACAUCAGGAGAGCUGAGCCUCAUACACACCUUCCAUGCCAAAUUCACAAAACCGCUCUUCCCAGGCUUCUGGUUUAAGAGAGGCUCUGUGACUCUGUGUGAGAUAGAGUGAACACCUCUGAGAUGGGAAAAAGUGAUUGACUUGAUGCCUCACUUGACAUUUUUAUAGAUUAGCAAACUGCAUCAUUUCAGUACCAUAAUAUUAAACAUUACUAUGUUGUGCUGUUUUUCUUUAAUGUUCACACUAUAAGUCAUUAUUAACAUUGCAAAGGAAGAAAUGAAGUGAAACCACUGACUGAUGUUACGUUAACAAUAUGAUUGACGAAAAUAAAUACAAACUGUUUUAAAAUAAUUUUUUAUGCAAAACAUUUACAUCAUUGUCAACAUUAAAUUUUCACAAAUGUUUACUUACAAUGUAUAUUGUGUUCACAAUAUCAAUCAUUCUGAUACUUCAGAUGGCAUCAAUUUAAACACGCUCCUCUAUGGCUAGUUGCUUUGUGAGCUGAUAAAACCUGUGUACACGGUUUUUAAUACACUUAAUGUUUUUUACUUUAUUGUUUGCCUAAAUUGAUGAAAGCAUUAAUGAUUACCUUAAACUAGUCAGAAGCGCAGAAGUGUUUUUUUCUACAAAUGUUUUUCUACUAAAUUUUCAAAGAAAAUUAUUUCAUUUACAUUUUAAUCUAUUUCAUGUUUAAAUGUGCACACGUGGGUUAGACUGUAAGAAUGGAAAGUGUUAUAGAAAAACUGCCUCUAUGCUAACCCACAGUCUGUUUAUAGAGAACCACUCUACUACAGCCAUAAUAAGUUGUCACAAUUUUAUUUUUGUUUUUAUGUAAUGUUGGACAUGGCUGCCAGGGGGAUUUCAUUUUGGAUUAUUUAUGUGCACUCAUUGGUACAUUUACAAAUACUAUGUAAAAUAUAUUAAAGGUUGAAAUAUGCAGACUAA